UGGGGGCUGGAGCGGGCGAACAUCGCCUGCCCCGGGCCGAGCCCUGCGGGUCCGAGGCUGCCCCGGGAUAGGGACUGGGGCUGGCGGGACUUCCCGGAACGAACGGCGGGCGGGGGCGGCGGGAGGCGCUGACACGUGGCCGGCCCGGGGGGGAGGGAGCCCGGCGAUGUGAGCCGGGGAGGCGGAAGGCGCUGCCCGCAUGGCCGCGGGGGGCGGCGGCAGGAAUGUGCCCGUGGGCACCGCCGAGCGCGGCCCCCACGACGGCAUGAGGCGCGAUGGAGACCCGUACUGGUCCAGGCCCGAGUCCCGUGUGUGGACGGUGAUGCUGCUGCUGGGGACGUGCCUGCUGUACUGUGCCCGUGUCACCGUGCCCAUCUGCGCCGUCGCCCUCAGCUCCUACUUCGACUGGGACAAGAAGCAGUCUGGGGUCGUGCUCAGCAGCUUCUUCUGGGGCUACUGCUUGACACAGAUCAUCGGAGGACACAUCAGUGAUCAAAUAGGAGGUGAGAAAGUCCUCCUCCUCUCAGCAUCAGCCUGGGGGUUCCUCACAGUCCUCACCCCCGUGGUCACUCACAUCACUUCUGCCCAUCUUGUUUUUAUGACCUCCUCCCGGUUCCUCAUGGGGUUGCUGCAAGGGGUGUAUUUCCCAUCCUUGGCCAGCCUGCUGUCCCAGAGGGUCCGGGAGAGCGAACGAGCCUUCACCUACAGCACAGUGGGGACUGGCUCACAGUUUGGGACACUGGUGAUUGGUGGUGCAGGAUCCCUCCUCCUGGACUGGUACGGCUGGGAAAGCGUUUUCUACUUCUCCGGUUUGCUCACUUUGCUCUGGGUUUACUGCACCUGCAAGUACCUUCUGAGUGAGAAAGAACUCAUCAUCCCCAUAGACUAUUUAACGAGAGGCCUCUCGAUACCCAAGCAGACCAAAGUUCCCUGGAAGCAGCUGUUUAGGAAGGCACCGAUAUGGGCUGUCAUCAUUGCUCAGCUCUCCACAGCCAGCACGUUCUUCACUCUCCUCUCCUGGCUGCCAACUUUCUUUAAGGAAACUUUUCCUGAGUCAAAGGGUUGGGUGUUUAAUGUAGUCCCCUGGCUGGUUGCAAUUCCAACAAGCUUGUUCAGUGGAUUUCUGUCUGAUCAUUUAAUCAGUCAAGGGUACAGAACCAUCACCAUUCGUAAGUUCAUGCAGGUCAUUGGCUCUGGCGUCUCAAGCGUUUUUGCUCUGUGUCUGGGCCAGACCUCCAGUUUUUGCAGAGCAAUAGUGUUUGCCUCUGCCUCUGUUGGACUCCAGACCUUUAACCACAGUGGCAUUUCAGUAAACGUGCAGGACCUGGCCCCCUCGUGUGCUGGCUUGCUGUUUGGGGUUGCAAAUACAGGUGGAGCCCUCCUAGGUGUCAUUUGUGUGUACCUGGCUGGUUACCUGAUUGAAACGACUGGCUCCUGGAUCUCUGUUUUCAACCUGGUGGCUGCUGUUAACAGCAUUGGGCUCUGUGUAUUCCUCCUGUUUGGAGAGGCCCAGAGGGUGGACACAGACUCUGCUUACGUGGAUCUCUAGGGAUGAGCCCAGCGAGCAGCCAAAGGACAGGAGAGUGUCACGUCUAUGUUGCACAAGUGCCAAAGAACAUUUAAACUUUUUUUUUAGGUGUUUUAACAGGAAAAAAAUAUGCUGAAACCAAGUACAUAGUGGGUCUGGAUGGAACCCAUGACAGAAAAAAAAUGUAGAGUUUAUUUUUUGCUCAGGGUGUAGCUGGUGGCCUGCAGAGCCAUCCAGCUCAACAUCUCCAGUGAGGAUAUGGUCUGUGGGACCAGUUUGUCCCAGUUUGUGUCCGGUGGACAAAUAUCCAUGUGGCCAAAGGAGGUUACCCGACCUGUCUCCCAAGGCUGCUGUGGUUCCAUGCCCUGCUGAGGAGGAGCUGCUUCUCUGUGCAGGAGCAGGUCCCCCCCUGCUCUGCUGUCCUCUGACCGUCCACCUCUGGGCUGCUGUGCCACAUGUGUCCUCUGAACUGUGUGACAGGGAUUGUCCCAACGAAUGUACCUCUGACCUUAACCCCCCCUCCCGUGCCUUUGUUUGCAGCCAGCUCAGCAGGGACCAGCCAGGUGUCCAAGGGUUGUGAGAUGAAUCCCAGGCUUCCCUUCAGGGAGUGUCUGGCUGGAUGUCUGCAGUGGAUCCAGGGGCUGUGUCGGUCCUGACAGGAGGCUGCAGAGCAGAGCACUCCAAGGCAAGCCUGUCUUUACUCAAGGACAGAGCUCAAGGUGUCCCUCCUCUCCCAGGUGGCUUUACCCCAGCCCUGAGCCCAGGCAGGCCAGCUCCACCAUGAGAGCAGAGCUGAUCUGCCAUCCCCCAGGGUCAGGCUUAGCUGGGCUCACCUCGUGGUGCAGGAACAGCUGAGGAAUCCCCCAGGAGCUGUUUUGCCAGAUGCUGUGAAUGUAUAGGAAGAACUGGUCACAUUCUGUGCUGUAGAUCUACACCCCCAGAUGUGUUCUGCUGGAUUAGGUGUGUCCUCCAUGUGCUCUCAAAGGGCCAAGGGAGACUUUCCAAAGAGCCUCACACGGGCAGGUUUUGUUUCUAUGUUGAGCAUAAACCAAAUUUCUGCACUGGGGAUCCAUAGGGAUGGGGAUCCCUGUGGUUCCCCGUGUCAGAGGGAAAUACUUGGCUGUAGACACCUCUGAGCCUGAAUGUCUUAAAUUAUUUAUAAAUAUUUUAAAAUGUAAGCACCAAAUUCUAUAUUUUAUGUAUUUGAGGCCUGACUCUGCAUGCUUAUUUUGAGUGGUGCUCCCACCAAAUCCCUCACUAUUUCUCAAAGGGAGAAAUCUACCAGCCUCCAGUAUUUGGUUUUGUAGGAUGAAGUUUAAAUGUGACAUUUCAUAUUAAAGCAAUUAAUUGCUUUUCCUCCUGCCCCUUGCUUGAGGCUGAAAGGUUCUCUUUGGUUUUUCCAGUGCUUACCAGAAAACUUCAUCUCUGACUGAGGAUCAGAUUUCCCAAGGACUUUGCAGUGCAGGAAAGCUGUAGGUUCAGGUUUAUUGUCCUUAAAAAAAACCCAAUUAUCUCCUUCUUUACCUUUUGUUUUGGCCAGAUUUCUUCUUGGAAGACCUGUUGGAGCCAUGUUAAAUUUCUGAAUAGGUGGAUUUGUAGUGAAAAUAGUGACAGCCUUUUGAUUGCAGAGACAUUAAUGGGUGUCACUAAACUGAGCUGAGCCACUUACUGGGCAUAUUAAGAGAUAAAGGUGCAACUGCUUGAUAUCUUCUCAAGAGAAUAAAAAAUCAAUGUGGCCUGAUUAGGGACAGAGAGAUAAGAAAGUAUUUAUUUUCUCCUUCUGUGCUUUUUUUUCUCUAAAAGGCUGUUUGCUACGAGGAAGACUGGUGGGAAGUCUUAAAAUCGGUGGAUAACACUCAGAGCAAACAAAGCCAGGCUUGCCAAAGAGGCCCGAGGCUGUGCAGCCAUCUCUGCCAGCUUGUCCUUUGUCCAGUCUGAGCAGAUUGCUUGCAUGGCCUUUUCUAUAGUGGCACAGAAAAAAAAAAAAGAUGUUUUUUGUGUUGUUUUUUUUUUUUUUUAGUGUCUUCCCUGGCUGUUCAGUGUUGCAGGUCAGGAGCACAAGGAGUCAAUCCUUGCUCUCUUUGCUGAUUGCACCAUUUCUUGUGAAAGAGUUGAUGAAUUUAAAUCACUCGCAUUUGAACCAGGCAGCUUGGCCACCCCUUGGCUCUGCCAGCUGGGAAAUUUGGAAUUGAGAUCUUCAAAGGAAAGUCAGCAUGGCUGGCUGUGCCUCCUCUCUAAAUUCAGCUAACACUGGUGGGCUGUCCUGGUUGUCUGUCUCUGUAAGUGGCUAACAAGUUAAGUAUUUGACUUGAGCUUAUGUUUCAUUAUCCUCAUACCUCACUGGUGAAGUGCUGAAACCAUUUUGCAGACCUGUUCUGUUCUUUGUUUAAGCCACCUUGCCAAAGCCUGUGGUCUGAGUUUUUGUUACGGAAGGACCUGAAAAAAAAUAAAGGCAGCCAAUCAUUUACA